CGCGCGCAGCCGCCCCAGGGGUGAAGUGGGUGUCUAACCGCCUCACCGGCCGCCCGCCGCCCUCGCGCCUCGAAGCCGGUCCGCCCCUUCCCUCCUUUCUCUUCCGCCACCUCUCCUGCGAGUGGCCAUGAGCUGGGUUGUGAGAGCCCUGCGGGGCAGCCGGAGAGCGGGCGCCGCGAGGGUGAACCGCCUGUGUCCCCAGCGGCCGGCCGGCCUCUCCCCCGCGGGCGCCUGGGCCGUGGUCCCCGCGUCCAACAUGGCAACGGUCCGGGGCGAGCUUCUCAAGAAUCUCACUUCCGAGGAGGUCGUUCAUCACAACAAGGUCUCAAUUAUAGGAACCGGAUCGGUUGGCAUGGCCUGUGCUAUCAGCAUCCUGUUAAGGGGCUUGACCGAUGAACUUGCCCUUGUGGAUGUGAACGAGGACAAACUGAAGGCCGAGAUGAUGGAUCUUCAGCAUGGCAGCCCUUUUGUGAAAAUGCCGACUAUUGUGUCCAGCAGAGAUUACCUUGUCACUGCCAACUCCAGCCUCGUGGUCAUCACAGCAGGCGCACGCCAGGAAAAAGGGGAGACACGCCUUAAUUUAGUCCAGCGAAAUGUGGCCAUCUUUAAGUUAAUUAUCUCCAAUAUUGUCCAGUAUAGCCCUCACUGCAAGCUGAUUGUUGUUUCCAACCCGGUGGAUGUAUUAACUUACGUGGCCUGGAAGUUGAGUGAAUUUCCCCAGAACCGUAUUAUUGGAAGUGGUUGUAAUCUGGACACUGCCCGCUUUCGUUUCUUGAUUGGGCAGAAGCUUGGUAUCCACUCUGACAGUUGUCACGGAUGGGUCCUUGGAGAGCAUGGAGACACCAGUGUUCCUGUGUGGAGUGGAGUGAACAUCGCUGGGGUCCCUCUGAAGGAUCUGAACUCAGAUAUAGGAACUGAAAAAGAUCCUGAGCAGUGGAAAAAUGUCCACAAAGAUGUGAUUGCUAGUGCCUAUGAGAUUAUCAAAAUGAAAGGUUAUACUUCUUGGGCCAUUGGCCUAUCUGUAGCUGAUUUAACAGAAAGUAUUUUGAAGAAUCUUAGAAGAGUGCAUCCAGUUUCUACCAUAAUUAAGGGUCUCUAUGAAAUAAACGAAGAAGUAUUCCUCAGUGUUCCAUGUGUCUUGGGAGAGAAUGGUAUUGCCGACCUCAUAAAGAUAAAGCUGACCCCUGAAGAACAGGCUCGUCUGAAGAAGAGUGCAAAAACACUUUGGGAAAUUCAGAAGGAGCUCAACCUAUAAAGUUGUUUGAAACUACCUUUCUGAAGUUAUUGAUGAGAUAGUAGUUGUAGGGUUGUAUAUGUCAAAUAUUUUUUAUAAACUUUAUGUUUUAGAAUUUAAAAACAGGGAAGGAAGUAGAGUUACUGGUUUAUUUAGUCCCCCCAGCUUUUUUAUUUAACAUCCAGAUGUCAGGAUAAUUUUUUUCCCCACAAUUCCUAAGUGAUUGCAUCAAAGGAGUUGUUUUUGUAUCACUGAUGUACCAGUACUUGCUGUGUGUGUGUUUCUGGUUGCUAUUUGGUCCAAAAGAUUAUAGGAUAUAGGAGUUUAUUGUGUUACAGAAAUAAUUUUCAUCAAGUAUAUAUGUUCUUUCAUUCUGGCUGGCUUAUGCCUACUAUGUUCACUUAUAUGUGUUUUUAAGACCUAACUUUCUCUACAAUGUAAAAAUAAAUGUAAAUGCAGAAGUAUUUUC